CUGAAUUGCUUCUCUGUCUCCAUGGAGAUACGCUGGAAUAGUUGAUCUGCGGCGUCCAUGUUUGUUAAGGGUGCAGUAAUGAAUGACAAUGAGCGAGGCUUUUUGGAGAGCGGCUGCCGACAUAUUUGGUGAGGGAAUGACCAUAACCUGUGACUGAUCUCCUGUGCUGCCGUCAUGGCCGAAGAGGUAGUUCCGUGCAACAUUCGAGCAUCGGUUCCACUCCAGGUGGGAGAUGGGAUGUCAGAUUCGGGUCCUCCGGGUGUGAACGUUAUCGAUAUCACCUUCCCUGUUUCUCGGACCAUUGAUGUGCAGGAGAUUUCCUUCAGGAAUUACUACACUGCUUUUCUCACUGUUAAAAUCCAGCAGCAGCAAUCGACGGCGCUCAAGAAGAACAAAACUGCAACAUGGCGGACCUGUAUAAGGAACCUCAAUCUAAUGCCAAACCCCCACAUGGAGGAGGGGUCCCAGGACUACGUCUCUCUGUACAGACAGCAGAUGUUGUGUGAUGCAGAUAACGUAACAUCCAUUCGGUUCAUCCUGAGGCAGCCAUCACCUGUCUGGCUCUCAUUUACCCUUGAAGAGUUACAGGUCAAUCCACCUAGAAAGCAGAGUCCACAGAAGCAGUUUUCCUGGUGGUUGUCUCAUCUGCCACCCAAAGAGGAGCUCCAGAAUCUUCACAAGGGUCUCCCAGAUCCCGAGCGCGUAUCCAGUGAGGUGCAACAAAUGUGGGUGCUGACAGAGGUAAUGCGCUCCAGUCAGAGCACAGCAGCGGUUGGGAGGUUUGAUGUGGAUGGAUGUUAUGAUAUAAAUCUCCUCUCAUACACGUAAUGUACACAAGAUUCUCAUGAAAGUCGGGACAUUGUGUUUGGAGAAGCCCUGAGAAAUGUGAUGAAUGUCCGGUCGUCUCCUCCUCCUCCUGUGUCCUCUGACUAAUCACUUGAAGCCUGCAGGUCUCUCCACUGUGCCUACAGGUGUUAUUAUGGGGUCGCUAUUAGGGAUUCGACCGAUAUCGAUUUUUUAGGGCCGAUACGAUAAUCUGUCAGCUUUCAGGCCGAUAGCCAAUAACUUAUUCCGAUAUUCCGGUAUAAGUUAUUGGCUAUUUCAACACCCCCCCCAGAGGGGCAGAAGCCGUUGCAGAUCAAUGACAUCAAUGGCAUUAUCGGCAAGGUAAUUGCCGAUACCGAUAAUGUCCAAUAUCGGCCAAACCGAUAAUCGGUCGAUCCCUAGUCACUAUAUUCAUUUGUGUCAUAACUCUCUGCAUGUAGUAAUAGUGCCCCAUUCUCCCUGCCCACUUGAAGAACAUCCUGCUGGCUGUGAGGCCCCAUCACACAGUAUCCCCUGAGGCAACUGGAUUAGCACUGAGGUGACAUCAUGUUUGAUGGACUCUUUUGUGGAAUCAUGGGAAAUAAAUCUUCUAAAAUUGGCUCCUAA